AUGGGAUCAAAUGGAUUAGAUCCUGACUCGGCCCGCUCAGCUUCAUGUCCUCGCGACAUAGCAGAACUGUUCAACGACUACUUCUUUUCCAUUGUGUCUGGAAGCGACAAAACGACUCAAACGGACAAUCCAUCCUCGCCAACUGAUAGCAACUUGUCAGAGUCAAUUCUUUCUCUUGAUGACGUUCUAGCUGCACUCCUCAGCCUCGAUACCAACAAAGCCACAGGUCCGGAUGAAAUACCACCAAGAAUACUAAAGGAAUGUGCUUACCAAAUUGCUCCGUCAUUAUGUCUACUGUUUAAUUAA